CGUCCAUUCAUUCAUUCUUCGGAUCUGGCUAGAAAACGCGCGCCGGUACAUUUUCACAUGUGUUCUGCGUGGUCUAAGUUACUGAAAAUUUCCGGACAAAGAAUCGAAGCAUUCAUCUUCAUUGAAAGAGUAAUUUAAACACUUUGGCCGGUCAGAUUCUCGGCGACAGUCAGUAAUACUUAAACAUUGUCUACCAGUACUUCAUCUUGGAAUAGACCUCUACAGAAGUGUACAGCACUGACAGUGGAGUUCGGUUUGUGGUAGAUCUUUGAUUGUGCCUUUAGUUUCAUCAUGCCAAAGAAGAGGGUACCUAGGGGAAAGGCCGGAGCAGCCAAGAAAGCAGAAACAAAUGGCACCACCAACGGUGCUACCAACGGCACUACCAAUGGGGUAACAAAUGGAGUGAAUGGUAUCGCCGAUGACCUCCACGAUGUUGACCUCGGUGCAGGUAACAGGUCAUGUACAGGUGUAUUACAGUCGCAUCCGGCCAGUUGUGAUCUUAAGAUCACUGACGUCACACUGACAUUCCACGGCGUCGAACUGUUCGUAGAUUCUACAGUUGAGCUCAAUGCCGGCAGGCGGUAUGGUCUUCUAGGUCUUAAUGGUUCCGGCAAGUCCACUCUGUUGCACGCGAUCGGGAAGCGAGAGGUCCCCAUCCCCCAUCACAUGGAUAUCUUCCAUCUGACGAAGGAGAUUGGAGCCAGUGAUAAGACCGCCCUGCAGUGUGUGUUAGAGGUAGACGCCGAGAGGAUACGACUGGAGAGGGAGGCAGACGACCUGUCACAUUUGGAGGGCCCAGAGGCUGAAGACAGACUGAUGGACAUCUUCGCACGUCUGGACGAACUGGAUGCUGACAAGGCAGAGGUCAACGCAGGUCGUAUCCUCCACGGUCUCGGCUUUACGAAGGACAUGAUGAAGACAAAGACAAAAGACUUUUCAGGAGGGUGGCGUAUGAGGAUAUCUCUCGCGAGGGCGCUGUUCGUGAAGCCCCAUUUACUACUGCUCGAUGAACCCACGAAUCAUCUCGAUCUAGAAGCCUGUGUGUGGCUGGAAGAGGAGUUGAAAGAGUACAAGAGGAUAUUGGUUCUAGUUUCACACUCCCAGGACUUCUUGAAUGGAGUCUGUACAAAUAUUCUACAUGUACAUAAACAGAAAUUAGUUAGCUAUGGAGGUAACUUUGAUUCAUACGUUAAGACUAGGUUUGAACAGGAAGAGAAUCAGAUGAAGAAAUACCAGUGGGAACAGGAUCAAAUUGCUCAUAUGAAGAACUAUAUAGCCAGGUUUGGUCACGGUAGCGCCAAACUUGCCAGACAGGCCCAGAGUAAAGAGAAGACACUACAAAAGAUGAUUGCUGCAGGUCUGACGGAGAAGGUCGAAUCAGACAAGACCCUAUCGUUCGAAUUCCCAGAAUGUGGUAAGGUCCCACCACCUGUUCUGAUGGUUCAAAAUGUAUCUUUCCGCUAUUCGGAUGACAAGCCCCUGAUCUACAAAGACGUUGAGUUUGGUCUGGAUUUAGACAGCAGGAUAGCCCUCGUAGGACCCAACGGAGCGGGCAAGUCCACCCUCCUCAAGCUCCUGGUCGGAGAGCUCCACCCGUCGGACGGACUCGUCAGGAAGAACUCGCAUCUCAGGAUAGGCAGGUACCAUCAGCAUCUCCAAGACCUGCUGGAUCUAGAAAUGACUGCCUUAGACUGGAUGCUGCAAUGUUUCCCUAAGAUUAAGGAUAGGGAAGAGAUGAGGCGGAUUAUAGGACGCUAUGGACUCACCGGCAAACAACAGGUGUGUCCAAUCCGUAACCUGUCUGACGGUCAGCGAUGUCGGGUCAUCUUCGCUUGGCUGGCUUGGCAGACUCCUCAUCUCCUCCUCCUUGACGAACCUACUAACCAUCUGGACAUCGAGACCAUCGAUGCCCUGGCAGACGCUAUCAACGGCUUCGAGGGAGGCCUUGUGCUAGUUAGUCACGACUUCCGACUCAUUAACCAGGUUGCAUCAGAGAUCUGGGUAUGUGAGAAGCAGGCGGUGACGAAAUGGAAAGGCGACAUCCUCUCGUACAAGAGUGCCCUCAAGAAGAAGAUCUUAAAGGAACAAGCCAGGGAAGCAGCCGCCGCUGCCGCUGGAAGAUAAGCUCACAUUCGCAACCGUCAAAAGAGGCCUGACCCCCCUCCCUCCCCUCCCUCCCUCCCUAGAAGAUGAAGUUGAGUUCUGGUCAUGCGAUUGCAUUGUGAAAGCAACAUUGUGGAAUCGAUCUGAAAAGGUUGAUUAACUAGCAUAUUGGUGUGUAAUGCAAGGUUCUCGAAAAUCAUCAAAAUGA